AUGGCCACUACGCCUCCUUCCAGUCUCCUGGACCUUCCCAGAGAAAUCCGAAAUACGAUUUACGAAUUUUAUCUCACAAGAAAAUGUGGGUACGUAUAUCGCAUGCCCCAGCGGAGGUUUACGGGUGCCGAUGGUCGGCCGGUUGACCUCGCCCUCACCCUAACCUGCAAACAAAUUGCAAACGAGCUCGAGGGCCUUCCCUUCAGCUUGGACAAGUUGAUCUUCAUGACAUGGCUUCCCAUCCGCGGUCCCGAUUGCGAAACGGCCAUCUGUCAGGAACUUUACUUUUCCAAAUACGAAUACGACCAGCAAGGUGUCUCCAAGCACGCCGCGUCGCGCUUCACAAAAGCGGUGGAAACCAUUACCGAUCGGGAUCGCCCUGAUAGCGAUAACUUUCCUAGGUUCGUGCUCAUCAAAUCAAGAACGAAACAUUCGUCACAUGUUCUUGACGAAGACCUUGUUGCAAUAGCGCAUCCCGCAUCACACGCACAAGGCCUAAUACCCUAUUGCCAAAAGAACCCCAAGAUGCGCAUCGAAAAGAGAGUCGACAUGUGGCGCAACCUACUCCAGGGAGGUGCAACACCCUUUCACUAUGGAGCUAGGCAAGAUGACCUAGAAUCCAAAAUGCCUAAGGAUGUCUUCACAUUGGUUCUGGACGGGGGCGAGACUCGGAACGGACAUCUGAGGUAUUCAAGAUCGUCCACAGGGACUGUGCCUGGCAAAUGGCAUUCGACAUCUCUCUUACACGCUCGUACUUCCAAAUCCUAA